AUGCCAUCCGAAACUUCCUUAACUACUCAAACUCAACGAGAGAAGCGUGAAAACUGUUGGAGACUUCGUGACGCUUAUUUUACAUGUCUUGACUUUGCUGAAGCUUCCACUGCAAAUAACGUAGGCAGUGAAAAUGUAAAAAAUAGCAACCUCGAUAAAAAGCAAAAUAAAAACGUUAUUGACUCUCGUGAAUGCACACAAAAGAAAAAAGAAUAUGAAGAAGCGUGUCCUAGUAGUUGGAUUGUAUAUUUUAAUAAACGACGUGAACUGGAAAAACAACAGCGUAUUCGAGUAGUCGCUGCAAAAGAAUUAGAACUUUCAAGUGGAAUAUCAGAAAGUGAGAUAAGUGCAGGGUAG